AUGGUUACUGUCAUUCUGCAACAUGCUAACUUAGAGAUUUUUAAGAACAAUCGCGGUAAAGUCUUGCUUAGUAGUGAACUGCCUGAGGCCAGAAAGACGAAAGAGGCCCAUUUGUAUCGUCCGGACAUUCUUCAUCAGUGUUUAUUAAUGCUUUUAGACUCACCUUUAAACAAAUCAAAACAAUUGGAAAUCUUGAUUUUCACAACAAAUGCCAAGAUAAUCAAAGUUUAUCCACAUACUAGAAUUCCUAGAGUUUAUUCACGUUUUACAGGUUUAAUGAUUCAGUUAUUGGAAAGACAAAGAAUAUACUCAUCACCAGAUAGAGAGAUUCUUUUGGAAGUUGUGAAAGGUCCUCUUAGUUCGCAUGUUCCUCAUGAUGCGCCUGUGUUUGGACUGUCUCAGGAAGGGGUGCAUUUUCGGAGUUACUUUAAGGAGGCUAAACUAUCUCCGGCUGAGCUGAAACGGGCUGUCUUUUAUAUUAAUGCGAUUGCAAGUGGUAGUGAUGAUUUUGAAGGGGUUGUAUCUUUGAGCUUAUCUGAGUAUGCUCUUUCGGCGGCUAGUUGUUGUUCAAAAAUAUGUAGUGCGUUGGAAGAGAUGCUUGGGGUUUUUUGA